AAAGAACCUGCAAAACAUGACGUUGACUAGACUGCCAUCUGAUGAAGUACUCCGGUGCGCAUUGACCGAAAUUGAAGGGACAGUCAACUCCAGGCCUCUCACCUUUGUUGCAUUGGACGACGAGGAUUCACCUGUUCUAACGCCGAAUCAUUUCAUUCUGGGAUCGUCGGAUGGCCUGAAACCGUUGGCCCUCUUUGACGAUAGUUCUAAGGCGUUGAAGAAAUCCUGGCACACCUCUCAGUUGAUCGCGAACAUUUUCUGGAGACACUGGCUCAACGACUAUCUUCCGUGUCUUACACGGCGGUCCAAGUGGUUCAAUCUAGCUCGUCCGAUUUCCGUAGGAGAUGUCGUCGUGAUUGCUGAUCCCAACUCGCCCCGGAAUACGUGGCCUAAGGGCAGAGUCAUCGGAACAAGCCAUGCCAAAGAUGGACAAGUGAGAUGGGCAGUCGUCCAGACGGCGCAUGGUAUUUAUGAGCGUCCUGCUGUUAAGAUCGCGGUUCUCGACGUUGGCGUUCAACCUAGUGCGUCCCAGGAGGAAUGUGUCCGCACUACCGGGGGGACUGUUAUCGGCGCCGUGUCGAAUCCCUCGAUCAGAAACGUCCGAUCGUAAACACCAACACAAUUGUACGAGGGAAAACGUCAUCGGACUUGUCAAGUGAUAGGCGGAAAACGAGGGUGAUUUUUCUAAGCUGGCGUCUUAAGUGAUAGCGUGAUUUGCGAAAUCAGAAAAGUUCCGAGUUGAAUAUUAAGUAUAUAGUUUAUUCGAAAGUUCUAAGUUAUAAAAAGGUUAGUACAUUAAAGUAAUAUUCGCGAAUUGCCUCUAAUAGUAAUUAUACCCGAACAGAGCGCAGAUUAUCGAAGGUUUCUUAAGUGAAGGUUAGGAGUUGCAUUUGGUUGCACUUGGUGCAGCAACAAACGGUGAGCAACCAUGUGGAAAUUAAAAUGAACCUCACGUAACUAAGUUUAUAUCCAUAUAGGAACCGAUUAUAUUUGAAACCGAUGAGAAUAGUACAGGGAAAAAGGAUUUGAAUGUACACUAAACGAGAAUUUUAAUCGUUCCUGAAAUACACGAUUAAAAAUUCCGGAAAAAAGC